GUCAGUAAUAAUUCACCUCUUAAAUACAUACAUCUUGAGAUCAGACUUUGUUUCCGGACCAUUUUGUUAAAAGUGUCGUCCUGUCGUGUUGUCAAACAUUUCGUGUUGUGUUAAUUUUUGUUAAUAAAAAAAUGAAAACUCGCGCCAUAGUACGUGCAGAAGCUGCCGCUGAAGCAAUGAAAACUCGCGCCAUAGUACGUGCAGAAGCUGCCGCUGAAGCAAUGGUUCCAACAGCAGAAGGUGGAGAAGCUUCUAUGGAGUUAUGCUCCAUGGUGGAGAGUGCUCCUGUUCUGCAACCUGUGGCAGCAGAAAUAGCUGUAGAUGCAGCAGAAGCUACAGAACCAGCAGCAGAAGCAGCAGCAGAAGCAGCAGCAGCACCAGCAGCAGCAGCAGCACCAGCAGCAGCAGCAGCAAAAGCAGCAGCAGCAGCAGCAGCAGCAAAAGCAGCAGCAGCAGAAGCUGCAGCAGCAGCAUCAGCAGCAGCUGCAGCAGCAGCAAAAGCAGCAGAAGCUGCAGAAGCUUUAGAAGCAGCAGUAGCAGCAGUAGCAGCAGCAGCAUCAGUGGCAGCAGAAAUAGCUGUAGAAGCAGCAGCAGCAGCAGCAGCAGCAGCAGCAGCAGCAAAAGCAGCAGCAGUAGCAAAAGCAGCAGCAGCAGCAGCAGCAGCAAAAGUAGCAGAAGCUGCAGAAGCUUCAGCAGCAGCAGAAGCAGCAGUAGAAGCAUCAAUGAUUUCCCGCAGAACAGCCGAAGCAGUGCCACUAGGAGGUACAGCUAUGCGGGGCCGCAAAGCAAAUCCGCCAGCUUGCGUAUCCACCAUGCGGGGCCGCAAAGCAAAUCCGCCAGCUUGCGUAUCCACCCUUUCCUCCAAACAGGAGAAACUGGAUUUGAUCGGACUUGUAUCGGGGCACCCCAUGCUCUGGCGGACCACUGACAAAUUCUAUAAUAAUAGAAGUCAGACUGCCGGAGCAUGGGGGGAAAUAGCCAGGCAUCUGGGGACCACCGUGGCCAGAUGCCAGAAAGUUUGGCACCAGCUCCGGUACAAGUACCGCGACAUCAGGAUACGUGAGCUGGCAGCGUUGAAAAGAAAUGGAUAUCCCCCUUCGCCUCCUAAGUGGCACUGCUAUGGGCCAUUCAGUUUUCUGCGGGUGACAGUAGAUGAGUCGCUGCGGAAAAAAGGUGUGAGAGAACGCUCAGAAGCAGAUGAGAUGGGGCCUCCAAUUGCCUCUUCUACACGGUGGUCCGCUGCGGAAUAGCAGAGCGCCGCAGCGGAGAGAAGAGUGCAGUUGGAGGCGCCCAUUGCAUGAACGUGUCUGCAG